AUGAGAAGUGAUUCUGUAGCCAACACAACCCUACCGGUGCUCUUUACACCCAUAAGCAUACGCGGCGUAACCCUACGAAAUCGGAUAUGUGUAUCACCGAUGGCAAUGUCGGCCUCAGAAAACGGUUUGGCCACUGACUUUCAUUUGGGACAUUUGCAGGGAUUUGCUUUAGGCGGCGCCGGACUAGUGAUGAUGGAGGGAACAGCUGUAUCACCGCAAGGUCUGGUUACUCUUGAAGACAACGGUCUAUGGAGUGACGACCACAUUGAACAGUUAGCUCGUAUUGUCCGACAAAUCAAGAAAUAUGGAGCCGUUGCCGGUAUUCAGCUCAACCAUUCCGGUCGAAAAGGUAGCGCUAAAAAGGGUUGGGAAGGCGGCAGCUCUAUAGCCGACAAUGAUGGCGGAUGGCCUACAGUAGCUCCCAGUCCUAUACCUUAUGAUAAAGAGUUAAUUUGGAAAAUACCGAAAGAGGCCACUAUUGAUGAUAUUGAAAAAAUUAAGAAACAAUUCGCUGCGGCCGCCAAACGGGCCGUUACGGCCGGGUUUGAGGUAAUUGAAUUGCUAUUUGCACAUGGAUAUAUAGUACACCAGUUUAUGUCUCCCCUGUCCAACAAACGGACCGACAAAUAUGGCGGAAGUCUGAAAAAUCGGAUGCGUUUCGGACUAGAAGUGGCCGAAAGUGUGGCCAAAGAGCUAUCCGAUAACAUUGUACUCGGAGUCAGGAUUACUGUUACUGAUCACGUAAAUGGCGGUUGGGAUGUGCAGUCAGCUGUAAAAAUGGCCAAAAAACUCAAAUCCAAAAGAGUAGACUUUAUUGACUGUUCCGGCUAUAGUGGACUCGUGCCGUGGGAUCCGUCAAUCAAAUCAAAUCCAUAUACUGUACAGUUGGCCGCAUCGGAGCGGAUCCAAAAAGAGGCAGCAAUUAUGACCAGUGUUAUAGGAGGUGUGAUUAGUCCUAAGUAUGCCAACGAAAUUGUGGCCAACAGUACGGCAUCGAUGGUGAUGUUGGGCAGGGCUUUCCUUAACAACCCUCACUGGCCAUAUCAUGCGGCAGACAUGUUGGGCGUACAGAUAGACAACUUGUUUCCCAAACAUUAUGCUUAUGUCAUAUCAAACAAACGGUUUAGGGAUUUAGUAAAAAGUAAUUAUAAAUAA